AUGAAGCUAUCUUCAAGCCAAGUUCCUUUUCUUCCCACUCAAGGUAAAGCUGAUUCGGACUUCAUUGGAAACACUCCUCAUGACCGUAAAGAACGAAGGAAGUGGACGCCUUCAGAUGAUAUGUUGCUCAUUAGCUCGUGGUUAAACACGAGCAAAGAUGCAGUGGUUAACAAUGAGCAAAAAUUAGGCGCUUUCUGGUCAAGAGUAGCAGCGUAUUUUUCAGCGAGUCAGGUCUCUGGAGGUGAACAUAGAGAGGCAAAUAAUUGUAAGCAUCGAUGGCACAAGAUAAAUGAACAAGUUUGCAAGUUCUGUGGAGCCUAUGAAGCUGCAACAAGGGAGAUAAGUAGUGGCCAGAAUGAGAAUGAUGUGGAGUUGAGGAAUGACCAGAAGUGGUGUGAGCUUUCAUCUUCCAAAAACGCAGGAAGCUCAAAAAAAAGAAAGGUUGAUGAGGACGGGGCAGAUUGUUCAAGCUCUCAACCAACUGAAACAAUGCGUCCAGAGGGUGUUAAAGCCGCUAAGGCCCGUGGUAAGAAGACAGUGGUUGAGGAGAAUGCGCGGAAGGAGAAUGCGGUCAAGGAGUUUCAGUCUAUGGUGUCAUUAAAACAACAAGACUUGGUGGAGAGAGUUCACGGGAGUGGAGCUGUUGUGAAUGACUGGUCACGGGAGUAG